CUGAAUGCGACACAGGGCCCAAUUGAACUCACAUGUACAUCCACUGUGUGCAUGUCUGAGGUGAGGCAGUUUGGACGUUCGGGUGCAGAUUUGAUUUGAUUUGUCUGAUAAAUCACACAGUUUAUUCAGUAUGAGCUCCCAGAUUACUUGUGUCGGGUGGGUCAGGCGAGGCGUUGCCAAGGAAACCCCGGACAAAGUUGAGUUGAGCCAAGAGGAGCUUCAGCGCAUCAUUACUGAGGCAAAAGAGGAGUUGGGGGAACUAGCAGCAGAUGAUGAAGAAGAGGAUGAUGAGGGUAUGGCUCCAGUACAGAAUCUGAGUAACGUUAAAGCUGAUGUUGCUGAUGUUCCAAAGGACGAGAAUGAAGAAGGAAAGGAGGAAGAUGAUGAUCUGGCAGAGUACGGCCUGGAUAAAUAUGAUGAAGAAGAUACAGUGACCGCUAAUCUCGGGGACAGUCUGGCUGGGCUCACAGUGUUCAGCACUAAUGAGGAGGAUCCUUACAUCACCCUCAAAGAUACAGACCAGUAUGAGCGAGAAGACUUCCAAAUCAAGGCCAGUGAUAAUCUGAUCCUGGCAGGCAGAGCAGAGAAGGACUGCUGCAACUUGGAGAUCUAUGUUUAUAACUCAGAGGAGAACUCUCUGUAUGUUCAUCAUGAUAUUCUGCUGCCGGCUUACCCACUGUGUGUGGAGUGGCUAAACUUUGACCCGAACCCCGGUGAAGGACCAGCCAACUACGCCGCGGUGGGCAAUAUGACUCCUCAAAUAGACGUGUGGGACCUGGAUGUGGUGGACUGUUUAGAGCCAGCCUUCUCCCUGGGGAGCAAAAAGGCCUCAAAGAAGAAAAAGAAGAGCAAGAAGGGGGCAGCAGCAGCAGAGCCUGUCGAGGGGCACGCAGAUGCAGUGCUGGAUUUGUCCUGGAACAAGCUGGUCAAGAAUGUGUUGGCCAGUGGAUCAGCAGAUGACACUGUUAUCUUGUGGGAUCUAACUCAAGGCAAACCAGCCACAACUCUGCGCAGACACACUGAUAAGGUUCAGACAAUAGCAUUCCACCCAUUUGAGGCACAGACUCUGAUAUCAGGAUCAUAUGACAAGACAGCUGUCCUAUACGACUGCCGUAAUCCAGACAACAGCAAUCGGACCUGGAGGUUUAGUGGUCAAGUGGAGCGUCUGGUCUGGAACCACUUUUCACCCUGCAACUUCCUGGCCAGCACAGAAGAUGGUUUUGUCUACUGUCUGGACGCACGCUCAGAUAAACCUGUUUUCACACUGAGGGCACAAGAUGAAGAAGUGUCAGGUUUGGAGUUGAGCAGCCAGAUUAAAGGAUGCCUGGUCACCUCAUCGUCUGACAAACACGUUAAAAUUUGGGACGUUUCGGGCAACAAACCCAAUCUGGUUCACUCUCGUGAUAUGAAAAUGGGAGUGCUGUUCUGUGCUUCAUGUUGCCCUGAUCUGCCCUUCAUCUAUGCCUUUGGGGGACAGAAGGAUGGUCUGAGGGUUUGGGAUAUAAGUGAUGUUGCAGCAGUGGCUGAGGUGUUCGGUAGUCGACAGCGCUUAGUGGUGAACACAGGAUCACAGGCAUCCAGCAGUGCGGCCACAUCAGAGAUGGACGUCUCCUAGUGACCCUUCUAAUGCAGCAACAGCCUGUAAACAAGAAUAAACUGAGCUUCCCUGGAAAGACAUCAAGCUGCUCCGCUUGUUGCUGCGUUCCUCCUGGCAGCCCCUUGUUUAAUGGGAACAGGAUUGUAUUAAAUGAGGCUGCACUCAUGAAAGACGGCCAGAGUGAAAACCGAGGCUAAAAGCUUCAAAAGACUUUGAAGAUUGUUCAGUUUCUCACUACAAAUAACAACAGUGGCUUUGCACACUCAAUGACGUGCUGAGAAAAGACCAGAAAAUGUUUCUAAUAUUCCUAUUAGUGAAUAUUUCCAGCAAUUUAUUUUUGAUUUUUAAAUGGAAGCAGUGAUUCAUAUAUUUGAAUUACUGUGUUUUUAAUUAUUUGAAACCCCCUCAGUUUUCCUUUUUUUGUACAAAUGUACAACUGUAAUACGCUAAGACUGUUUUCACAUGAAGCAUACUAGGAACUGAUUUGCCUUCUGAUAUUUCAAACAUGGGUUCCCUGGUAAUAAUAAAUAGUAAAAGAUUAAUAGAAGCUAGUGUACAGAAAUCUGGGUCCAAACAUUGACUUUUCAAAAUGCUGUGUAUUCAAUAAAUAAAUACAUUAUU